CUCUUGCAGUAACAGCUUGUCACUUUGUGGGGGGUUCUGAGAGAGGGAGAGGAAAUUAGCAUGGCAGAACACAGAAUCUAUGUGAUGAGUGAAGCAGGACCUCAUACACCUUUAGAGGAGCUCUAUCAUUAUGUGUUUGGUAGUGAUGUAGAUGAGGACAGUAUGGGGACUAACCCAGAAGUCUGGGACAGUGGAUUACAGCCAAUCAGAAACCUUCCUAGUGGUGGUCAGGAAGGGUGGACUAGCUCAGUAGGUCAGACACAAGGCCAGACAACACCAAUGUCUUACAGACAAGAGAUAGGCACCAUAGGCACAAUAACAAGUGGAACUACACAACAACAGUCAAAACAGUUUCUCCCGGGAAGUACUUCAAACCAGUUUCUGGCAGGAAGCUCCCAGCAGACACCUACUCCAGGCAUUUACCCAUCGUAUCAGCAGUACACAGCCACUUAUCUGGGGUCAGUGACAGUGCCAAAUCAACAGAACCAGUUUACUGGCACGCCUUUGCCACCAGCAUCCAGUAACAACCAAUAUAGGAACCCCCCUGCUUAUACAACACUUGCCAAUACUGGAGUUACUCAUGGAGCUCCCAAUCAGAAUGCUCCUUUGGUUAGAUCUAUGCUACAGCAGCCAUAUUGUUCACAAGAUAUGGGAAUGUUUCAGGUACCUCGACCAAAUCAAAGAGUCCCAAGGUCACAUACAGACAGUUCUCAGAGAAAUGGUUCCAUGUCCAAUGCGACUCAGGGGCAGUCAGAAAUGUUUAGGAACUUCUCAGUUCCUCCACAACAGGGCAUUCCAACACAAGGCUACACCAGAGUCAGAAACCAAGGGGGGACCACCUACACUCAAGGGAAUAAUUAUUUGAGAGGUUACAAUACAAACCAAAUGAUGCGACAAUAUCCCAUGCCAAAUGUAAAUGGGCCAAGGUUACCAAAUCGGUACCAUCCACCACAAAAUGUACAACAGUUUAAUCCACCCCAGAGAAACGUCCCUCCUCAACAGAAUGCACCUCCACUGAGUACGCCUCAAAUUCACCCAGCAUACAGACCUCAGCCAAGCAUCCAGCAGAUGGUGAAUCCAAUACACUCACCCACAAUGACCGAGCAACUUCAGUCAUCUCCAGAGUGGCAAUCAUUUCAACAGAAGUCCAUAACAUUGUCCACCAUUAUUCCACAAGGUCCAAAGAUUGGAUUCUUUCUCCAUUGUCGCCAAUUGUAUGAACAUUACCUGAAGAAUUUCUCAGCAUUGAAUCCGGGAGGUCAGCCUUCUGCAUUUUCUGAAUUUUGUGAGGCUUACCUUCAUCGUCAGGAGGAGCUGGGGAUAUUUAAAGAUUUUCCUCCCAUGACAAAUACAUCAGAUGUUCAAGUGAAUGAGCCUUCAGAUAAGUCUGUGUUAGGACAAUGGUACAGACUCCCAGAAGAGCGACAGGAACAGGUUAGCUGUUUAAGAUCAGUACAUGGAUCUGAUUCAUCAGAAAUGAAUGUGAACACAGUUGUCCAGUCAGCCAUGUCUCACAAUAAUGAGGUACAAGUCAGUCAACAAAGUGAAGUCCGAGCAACCUCUGCCAACCCUUGUGACCCACUGGAAGCUUCUGACCAUCAGGAAUACAUCAUCAGUCCUACUGAAAAUGAUGCACAAACAUUUAAAAUAGAACUGAAUGAAAACUGGGAAAGUGAACAAACUGUCGGUUCUGAAAGAGAGAAGGAAGACUCAGAGGCUACAAUCUCAUCUGAUGAAAUGGAUAACAACUUAAAAAAUACUAGUAGGCAUCAAUGCAUGAUGGUCAAGUUACCAUUUCAUCCUCCCUCCAAGACAAAACAAAAGAGGAAAAGUUCAACUUCAGCCAAUCAGAAAGUUAUGUUGUCCAAUAAGGGGAUCAAGAAAUUGUCUGAUGUCCUCAGUAAAGUGAUGGUGAACAUAAAACAGACAUUAGACCCUACACCAGAUAUCAUCACUUCUACAGCGGAGUCUAUCUUAAACACUGAGACUUCUGUAAUGGGUACACAGUCAACACCUUCUGAUCGUGCUAACACUCCAGUGCUUACUGACUCCAUAGUUGAAAAAAGUUGCUCAGAAAAUAAAGAUGUCGGUGAUGAAAAAGAACAAAGUGUUCCUCAGACUAAGCCUGAAGAUGAGACUAGUGCUGUGAAAAGAAAGCGUUUCCCAACUGAUGUAGAUCAAGAAAGUACAACACAAGAUUCAAAUGUUCAUCCGUCCAAAAAACUGUGUAAGGAGUCUGAUAAGAGGAACCACGACUUCUUCCAGACUCCUAAAGACAACAUGAUCCCAAAGGUAAAAUCUGCAGACACAGAGACAGCAGAGGACAACGGUCAUAUGGAUACUCAUUCACAUCAGCAACCAGAGGACGUGUUAGAGGAAAGGGAUGUGUGUCCUACAGAUGCGGAAUCGGUGAAGGAAAAGGUGAACCUGGACAUCAAUCUGGAGUCCACACAGAAUCAAAGAGAACCUCCACAGGAAACAACUAGUAUUCUUGUUGAAGCACGUUCACUUUUCCCAAUCAAGUUCCAUGGUGAAAAGGUUUUGUGUAUUAAUUGUGAAGAUGGACCACACCUAUUAAUGCGAGAAAUUUUGAAGAAAAACUUUGUAUCUCUGGCACAAGCCAAAGCUGGUAAAAACGUUCCUGCUAAAAAUCUACACUAUAAAUAUUUUACAGAUGUGUUUUUAGCCAAAGAACGUGACCUGAACAUUCGCUAUAAAGAACUGCCAGAGGAGAGGAGAGCAGAGGUUAAAGAAUACAUGAUUAAAUCAGAAGUCCUAACAAAAACAACAAAAGGAAAUCACAUUGGAAUCAUCCAUAUUAGCGAUGCUCACAGGCUGUAUCAGUAUUUUUUUGGACUUAAGAAUUGUGGAUCUGACUGCAUACAGCUGUAUCCCAACACUGAUAACAGCAAUGUGACAUCAGAGAAGUCCAGGAAAUAUUCUCUGGAUGGAGGAACAGGAAAGGCUGUUGAAGUCACAGUUGUAGACAUAGAUUCCUCCAAAAAAACUAACACAUCUACUGAAUAUGAAAGUGAUGCUACAAUUCCAUAUGCUGAAGAGAGUGAUGAGGAUAAGGACGAUACUGAUGAUAUUGUGGAUGACGAUGUUAUUCUGCUGGAUGGAUUCAGUUCUACAGAUUCACAGGAUGAAGUGUUGGCACAUGAGGAGGUUAAGACAAAACAGCUUAGUACUGGAGAUAGUAAUCAGGAGGAUAUCAUUUACAGAGAAAUAAAGACAGAAGAGGAUGUGGAGAAAAGCAGUCAGGGUGUUUUCUUGAAUGAAGUAGUUCAGCCUGUUAAACUAGUACAGGUAGAUGUGCCUGAAGAAAGUAGCCAAGAAGUUGAACAUGUUGAAGAUGAAAUAGGCAUUGAAGAGAUCCAAGGAGGCUAUAUUGAUCCUGAAAAGUGUGCUGAUAAUGCUAUUGACAACAUGGAGGAGAGUGAGAAUAAUGACUGUGAGGUCUUACUGAGGGGAGGUAUUGCUCCUCUGUAUGGAGCACAGUUCAGGUUUCUUGUCAUUGAUGGAUUAAAGUUCUAUCCUUUCGCUGACUUGUGUAAAAGGUUUGAUGUGCAUGACCUUACUGAGUGUAUGAGGAAAAGGAAGGACAAUAAGUACAAGGCUUUUAGAUGUGAACAGAUAGAAGCAGAUUUCUUCAAUCGACUGGAGCCGUCAUUGCCAGAGAUGACAGAGAAUGCAACUCUCCUUGAAGAAGAGAUUCUGUUUGAUAUUGCCAAACAGAUGAACCCUGAGGAUCAAGAUGGAACUAACCAGACUGAAGAUGAAUCUGAAAGAAAUGAUCAAUCUGAACAAGUGGCAUCUAUUCAGAGAUCAAAUGUCACACCAGAGCUACCAGACAACUUAGAGGUUACUGAUCAAAACUUGUCACCUUCAAUUAAAAUUCAACAAGAUGAACCAAAAACUGAUUACAACACAGAGGACUCAGCAGAGAAGGUGCUAAACACUGAGGAGAGAUCUCCAGCAGCUGAGUCAGUGAGUCACCAUACCAGUAAUGAGGAGGAAGUCAUACCAGAGGAGAGAAGUCCUGCUCAACCCUGUACCCCUAUCCAGAGUAAGAUGUCAAACAGUGUAGAAAUGUGUCAAACUAAUGAGGUCUCCAGCACUGUACAGACACCCAUAGCUGAGAAGAGACAGGCUCAGAGAAAUCUGGACAAAGACUUCACAACUACCAAAGAGCAGCAGAAAAAUGUUUUGGAAAGCAGUUCUGAGUUGGAUUGCUUCAGCAUGUUGUUAAAUUCCUUGGCCAACAACAACAACAACAACCAAACCCCUCUGUUGGACCCUAAUGCAAUACAUGAUGUUCAGUCUGCCCUGUCCAGUAUACCCCCUACAGCAGAUGAAGCACAGAUUGAGCAAACUCUCCAAAGGUUUUUCAAAUCCUGUGAAGAGACCUGUUCUGAAUCUCAUGGGAUUGUCACCAAAGCAUUUGUCUCUGUUCUGAAGCAAAAUCUGGUUUUGCAAAAUGAACUUAAUAGUCUGAGGUCUGGUAUUGCUGAUCUAAAGGAAGAAAAGGGGAAACUGGAUGCUGCAACUCAAAGAUGCAGAGAGAUAACAAAGCAGAUGGAUGACAUAGAGGAAGUCCUCCUAUUAGAGUGUGAGGAGAGAUAAUCAUCAGAGGAGAGGAACCACUACAUCAGUGUUUCUCAAUGCUUAUAAACAUUUUUUUGAAAAUUCAUCUUACUAAUGUAGUCAUAUGUACCUUUGUGUCUUUUAAUCAAGUAAUAUUUGUUCGAUUUAACAGAAAAAUGAAUUCAGAGAAAUGUAGAACUGCAUAAAAAAUGUCAAUCCCUUGUAAAAUAUAUAACUCAGGCAAUUUCAAAAAACUGUGGUUGUGAUAUUAAGUUACAUUUUUUAAUCUGUGUGAUGUACUCGUUCUGCAGUUCAUGCAGCAUAUAUAACCAGUACAUGUGUAUAUAAAUUGUCCAAAAAAUUCAUUCUGUUUUUUAAUGCAGAAUUCAUAUGCCAGGUUUAUGAGAUUAGAUCAUUUUUCAUGUUUUGUUCUUUUGUACACCAAUAUGAAUGUGUUCUCAUCAUACAGGAUUGUGAACAUUCACUAAAAUGUGUUCCUUGUGACUUUUGUCCAAAUUUAUAUCACAGUAUUUACAUGUAUGCCGAAAAAUAAUAAUGCUCUGAAUAUUCAAACAAUCAUUUAUAUACCUGCAUGAAGGCUUUAUUAAUACACUGUAGACUAUAUAUUGUAAUUAUUGUUGCCAUUUUCUGUCGCAUUUUGAUUUGCUUUUUUUAUUAUUUGUAAUAUUUUUUGGAUGUAAUUUUCAUUUACCAGUGCAAGAAGCAGGGCAUUAUCAGUUACUUGUAUUUUUUAAUGUAUUGUUCAAUGUUUAUUAUGCCCCCCCCCCCCUUCGAAGAAGGGAGGGCAUAUUGCUUUGCUGCCGUCUGUCGGUCCAUUUAGUUUCCGUUCAUUUUCUUCACAACCGUUGCACAUACUGAAAUGAAAUUUGGUAUACAGGUAUACCGGAUGAAUAUCUAGGUCAAAUUCUGUUUUGGGUACGAUUGCACCAUUUUUGACAGAGUUAUGUGGCUUAUGCCCCUUGGACUUAAAAAAAUUCCACUUAUUUGCAGUUUCUGUUCAUUUUCUUCAGAGAGGUUGCACAUACUAAAAUGAAAUUUAGUAUACAGAUUUUUAAGAUGAAUAUCUAGGUCAAGUUCUGUUUUGGGUACGAUUGCACCAUUUUUGACAGAGUUAGGCCCCUUGGACUUAGAAAAAUUCCAAUUAUUUACAGUUUCCGUUCAUUUUCUUUGCAGAGGUUGCACAAACUGAAUUGAAAUUUAGUAUACAGAUUAAUCAGCUGAAUAUCUAGAUCAAGUUCUGUUUUGGGUACGAUUGCACCAUUUUUGACAGAGUUAUGCCCCUUUGGACGUGGAAAAAUUCAAAGGGGGGGGGGGCAUAAGUGUUUUACAAACAUCUCUUGUUAUUCUUGUGUUUUGGUCACAUCAUUAUAUUCAAGGGUUACUGCUUAUACAUGUAGUGCUUUUUAGUAGUGUUUCAGAAUUUGUGAUAUUAAAGUUGUAAGAAUAUGAUAAAGCAGUUCUUAAAAAUUAAAUAUAAAUGUGUUCUAUAAAGUCAUUAGUCAUAGUUCAAGAAAGAAUAUUUUCAAAUCAUUUAAACUCGGUCAGAUUUCAAGUAAAAAAAGAAAAUUCUUUUACCUGUAGCCACUAAAUUUUCAGUAAUAUAAACAAAAACUUGAAUUAUAUAUUUUGAAUGUUCUGUGGUAAAUAUCCCAAUCAUCUCUAAGUUUUCCUUGGACAUUCCUGUCUCAAUACCUUUGUAAAAACAAAUGUACAUUUUCUGCAACGAUUUAUAAGUCUUUGUGUGCUUUUUAUCGUCAUUACUACCCAUAUUGUACAAACCACAGACUUGGUUCUUGUGUCUGCUAGAAGCAAAAUGAUGAAGAAUGCAAAAGAACAGGCUAUUUUCUUCAAAGUUUUUAUAAAUAGUGCAAAGAUAUUGAGAGGUUGGAGAAUUUUGACCUCAGGAAUUUAAGUAUUCUGUAUGUAUUUUUUUUUUCAAUAUUUUUUCCAAAAUAUGCAUUUUCAGUUGCUCUUGCUUUAUCUUGUAUAUUAUAGUAGAGAAUACUUAAUAGGUCCUGCAGAAUGUAAAUACUAGUAGUAUGAACUGUUAUUUUCCAAUCAAGUGUAUCUCCAUUGAAAGUAGGAUGAUCUUAUUCCUCAAAUUUUCCGAUGUUGCAAGUUAUCAACAAACCUAUCUCACCCGAGCAAGGACAAUCAAAGUUUUACAAAGGAGUAUAUUGGAGAAAAUCUUUUAUAUUGUUCUCAAAAAUCAUAAAGAAAUAACAAUUAUUAUGCCCCCCUUCGAAGAAGGGAGGGCAUAUUGCUUUGCUGCUGUCUGUCGGUCCACUUAGUUUCCGUUCAUUUUCUUCGCAACCGUUGCACAUACUGAAAUGAAAUUUUGUAUACAGAUAUAUCACAUUAAUAUCUAGGUCCAGUUCGGUUUUAGGUAUGAUUGCACCAUUUUUGACAGAGUUAUGCCCCUUGGACUUAGAAAAAUUCCAAUUAUUUGCAGUUUCCGUUCAUUUUCUUUACAACCGUUGCACAUGCUGAGAUGAAAUUUAGUAUACAGAUUUAUCAGAUGAAUAUCUAGGUCAAAUUCUGUUUUGGGUACAAUCGUGCCAUUUUUGACAGAGAUUUGCCCCUUGGACUUGGAAAAAUUCCAAUUUGGGGAGAGGGGGGCACAAGUGUUUUACAAACAUCUCUUGUUCAUAUUGAUACAGAAGCAUCCCUAGAUUGUGUAGAUUUUAAUUGUUUAAGACACAUGGGGUGGGACCAGAAUGGACAGUCAGAUAUAAAUAUAUAUAAAUGGGGUUUAAUUUUUACCGUUUUUGUGGCAUAAAUUCAUGACAUUCACAAAAUGUAAAUUUUCAAAUGUUCUUUCACUACAAAAUCAAAUUUCAAAGAACCCUCCAUUAAAAGCAUUGUUUCAUGAGAA